AAUCUGAUAUGGAUUCGCAGACUACGCAGAUGCCUUCUGGCAUCGGUGAAACGCAGAAGGAACUCGCGAGCAGUUCUCGAAGAAAGGCUACGCGUGUUACUUCAAGAAAAUCGGAAACCGAAGACGAACGCGAUGCAAGACUUGCUGUAGAAGCACAACGAGUUGCUCUCAAAAGAUCUAACGAGACGCAAGAUGAGCGCAAGCAACGUCUUGCAGCAAUGGCAGAAAGGGAUAGAUUGAAAAGAAUGAGUGAAAGCGAACAGAACAGAAGAGAACGCCUUGCAGUGAAGGCUGAGAGAGCAAGGAUGCUGAGAGCCAAAGCAAAAGAAAGAAAAUCGGUGGGAACGCAGGAUGAGUUGGGCGAAGUCCAGAAGCGAUCGAGACUUCAGGACAGUGUGAAGGGCACACCAAUGUCAUCUGCAACCACAGCUCAUCAGGAUGAAAGUGAAGAAGUGGAGAACUAUUUGGUCCCUUCCUGCUCUCAUGAUCUACCCAGUACAAGUUCAACAGAAUUUAAUGAGGCUUCCUCGCAACAUUGCAACGAAGAUGGAAGGAACACUUUAAUGCUAUAUGAGAGUGACCGGAAUCCGCGUGAAGCUACG